GUCGGUAGGCGGGGCUUUCUGCCCAUCUUCCGGUUCCGUAGAUGAGGUCAAAGGCAGGCCGGAGAGAGAAAACCGGAAUGGAGUGAAAGGUGCGGAGAGUCCGGUGAACCGACACGGAGACAGGGGCCGGGAGAUCAGCGGAGGCUGAGCUCAGACACUGCGCGGGAAGCGAAAGAGACAGAUCGAUUGAGGGAUGGGCCACAGGAAAUUACUCCUCCUCUGGCGCUUUAUGCUCCUCCUCACCCUGGCUCUGAAGAUUUUGUCGGCCGCCGACUUUGACCCGUACCGGAUCCUUGGCGUCAGCCGGACGGCGAGCCAAGCGGACAUUAAGAAGGCGUACAAGAAGCUGGCCAGAGAAUGGCAUCCUGACAAGAACAAAAACCCCGGUGCAGAGGACAAGUUCAUCCAAGUCAGCAAAGCCUACGAGAUUCUCUCCAGCGAAGAGAAAAGAACCAACUUUGACCGAUACGGCGACGCGGGCGACAACCAGGGCUACGCUCACCAGCAGCAGCACCACCACUUCCGACACUUCCACGACAGCUUCUACUUCGACGAGUCCUUCUUCCACUUCCCCUUCAACUCUGAGCGCCGAGACUCCUCCGACGAAAAGUACCUCUUGCAGUUCUCGCACUACAUCAAUGAGGUGGUCCCUGACAGCUUCCGCAAGCCCUACCUCAUCAAGAUCACCUCGGACUGGUGCUUCAGCUGCAUUCACAUUGAGCCCGUGUGGAAGGAGGUGGUCCAGGAGCUGGAGGGGCUUGGGGUUGGAAUCGGGGUGGUUCACGCGGGAUACGAGAGACGUCUCGCCCACCAUCUCGGGGCGCACAGCACGCCGUCCAUCCUAGGCGUCAUUAACGGCAAGAUCUCGUUUUUUCACAACGCCGUGCUUCGGGAGAACCUCCGGCACUUCGUGGAGAGUCUGCUUCCAGGAAACCUGGUGGACAAGAUAACGGAUAAAAAUUAUGUCAGAUUCUUAUCCAGCUGGCAACAAGAGAACAAGCCUCACGUCCUCCUGUUUGACCAGAUGCCCCCUGUGCCGCUCAUCUACAAGUUAACUGCCUUCGCAUACAAGGAUUACUUGUCCUUCGGCUACGUGGACUUGGGCCAGAGAGAGACGGAGCAGAUGAGCAGUCAGUACAAUAUAAACAUGUAUGCGCCGACCAUGCUGGUCUUCAAAGAGCACAUCCAUAAACCGGCUGACGUAGUCCAGGCUCGGGGGAUGAAGAAACAAGUGAUAGAUGAUUUCAUUUCUACCAACAAAUUCCUUUUGGCAGCCAGGCUGACCAAUCAGAAGCUGUUUCAGGAGCUGUGCCCUGUGAGGAAGUCCCACCGCCAGCGCAAGUACUGCGUGGCGCUGCUGACAGGCGAAGGAGAGAAGUUCCAGAAAACCUACGAAUCUUUCCUGUCCUUCGCUUCGGCCAACACCAAGGACACGGUCAGAUUUGUGCACGUCUUCAAGGAGCGUCAGAAAGAACUGACCAACGCCUUACUGGGAGGAGAGGACAAAAACCCCGACCAGUCCUCCGUGGCAAUAUUGGAAAGGCGGAACUCGGCUGGUCGAAUAGUGUACAAAACGCUGGCGCAGGUCUGGAGCAGCAGCGAAGAAAACAAGUUUACGCUUCUCGACUUCCUGGAUCAGUUGCGAAGAGACCCGAGCCUCCUGUCUUCCGAAGCCACCCUGACGGAUCUGAACGACGAGCUCGCGCCUGUGUUUUUCCUGCGCUGGUUUUAUACCGCGGUGGAUUAUUGGUCGGACGUGUGGGAGAGCGUUCUCCACAAUAACUGGAGAGAGAUGAUGCCGCUGCUUUCCUUGAUAUUUUCUGCUCUCUUCAUCCUCUUUGGGACGGUAAUAGUUCAGGCGUUCAGCGACUCCAGUGAUGAGAGAGAUUCAGUUCCUUCCGAGAAAGAGGAGCCGACUGAUAAGGAGAAGGCCACUGAAGCCAACUAUACCAAGGAAAAUACUAGGGUCCCCAAGAAAGGCUUUGUCGAGGUGACAGAAUUAACAGACGUGAAUUACAUGAGUAACCUGGUCAGGCUGCGUCCCGGCCACAUGAAUGUGGUCCUCAUACUGUCCAGCUCCACCAAGGCCAGUCUGCUGCAAAGGUUCGCCCAGGAGGUUUACACGUUCACUGGGAGCAGCUCCCUUCACUUCUCUUUCCUGAAUCUGGACAAGCACCGAGAGUGGCUGGAGUACCUGCUGGAGUUUGCCCAGGACGCGGCGCCCAUCGCCUACCAGUACGACGAGCACUUCCUAGAAAGGGACUACACCGGCUACGUUCUGGCUUUGAACGGCCACAAGAAAUACUUCUGUCUGUUCAAAGCCCAGUCUACGUUGGAAGACGAGAAGCUUUCUGAAGAGUCUGAACUUUUAUCCCCGCCUGGGGACGGCCUGAGGAAGAUCUCCCUGGGCUCCGGCUCGGGCCACAUUAAAAAGAAAUUAAACAAGUUAUCGCUAUGGAUGGAACGCUUGUUAGAAGGAUCUUUGCAGAGGUUCUACAUACCUUCCUGGCCUUCACUUGACUAAAAUGAUCAACGGGGGGGCUUUAGGUCCCUUUAAACUGUGAACGUGAAGACGUUUUCCUGACGGGGGAGUCGCACGCUUUAAACGGUUGUCCGGGAACUUUGCCCGGAGCAAAGACUGGGGGAACCUGCUCAUUAUGCAAAGAGAGCGCUCUGGAGUCCGCCAUUACCUACGCCACAUACUGCCUGCCUUGUUUCCCAGCUACUUCAAUGACUUCUCAGCUGGCUCACUUCCUACAUGAGACUGUCCGUGUCCCCCCUCUCAUGCGCAGUCCGGUAACACCUUAUUCUCUCUGU